AUGGCCCUGCAGGUGGGCUCCCCUCAGCAACGUGCCGCCCUCUGCUCCUGCCUGUCCACCUCGCCAGGGAAGCCCAUGCCCACCACACAGAGCUUUGCCCUUGACCCCAAAUAUGCCACCCCUAAGGUCAUCCAAGCGCAGGGCAAGGACUGUUCCAAGGGGCCCUGCAUCCUGCCCAUCGUGAAGGAUGGGCAGAAGGUCAGCAGCACUCACUACUACCUGCUGCCUGAGCGCCCUGCCUACCUGGACAAGUACGAGAAGUUUUUCAAGGAGGCCAAAAGCCCCGAGGAGGUCCCAGCAUCCCGCCUGGUCACCACAGCCACCGUCCGUCCCAUGGUGCAGCAGCAGCUGCCACCAGAUUGCAAGGCCAACUUCUCCUCCAACAACAGUAACCCUGGGCCCAAGUGCCUGGUGAAAGCCUCCUGCAGCCUCCAGAAGAUUGUCUACGAUGGGCCGGAUGGCUGCCGCCCCGCUGAUAAGAUCCGGCUGGUGCAGGACAUGGUGCAUGGUGUGACCACUGAGGAGUGCCAGGCGGCCCUGCAGAACCAUGGCUGGAGCAUCCAACGGGCCAUCCAGUACCUGAAGGUGGAGCAGCUCUUCUGCCUGGGGUUGAAGUCCCGUGUCGAGUGCCAACGGGUGCUGGAGAUGUUCGACUGGAACCUGGCCCAGGCCAGCUCCCACCUCCUCGAUCCCUACAGUGCUGCCCGCCAGAAGUAG